CUGAUGUCCAGGCUGCCUGCACCGACGCUACUGGGCCCUGCAUAGCAGUUGUUCGGUCGCUCUGGCACCUCGCUUUUGCCCGAGGGCGCGGGACACGCCAGGCGCAGCAGCUUAGCCCAGCACGCAUGCUCCGUGGGCGGCCUGGGUCGCGCGGCGGUUACAGCUGCCAGCGCCAAGGCGAGAGCCCAUGUCAGUUCCAGCAGGCGCAACCAAAAAUGGACUCCCCACCAGGCCCAUGAGAAGCGGCUCACGCGGCCUGGGCCCGGGUACAGCCAGAGCGCGGCCGCCAGCUGUAAGCCGCUGGCCAGCAGCCCCAGUGCGCCCGCCACCGCUAGCAGCCGCGGGCCGGGACUGGCAUCCCAGCCCCGCGGCCCAUCCAGCAGGCGGCGACGGCACAGGCAGAGAGUGCCCAGAGCCACGGCUGCGCCCCAGGCGCAGGAGAAACCUUGAGCCAGGAGGUUGAGAGCCGGCUUCGCCGACAGCAGAAAGUAAUUUGCAGAAAACCGUCCAAAUGGUUUCCAAAAGAAGACUAUCAAAAUCUGAGGAUAAAGAGAGCCUGACAGAAGAUGCCUCUAACACCAGGAAGCAACCACUUUCCAAAAAAACAAAGAAAUUUCAUGUUUAUAAUGAAGUUGAAGAAAAUGACAGUGCCUUUGCAAAGCUUCUUAAGACAUCAGGAAUUAUUCUUAAAAGAGGAGAGCGUCAGAAUCAGCUAGCUGUGGAUCAAACCGUUUUCCAAAAGAAGCUCUUUCAGACUCUGAGGAAACAUCCUUCUUAUCCCAAAAUAAUAGAAGAAUUUGUUAGUGGCCUGGAGUCUUACAUCGAAGAUCAAGACAUUUUCAGGAACUGCCUUUUGUCCUGUGAACGUCUGCAGGAUGAGGAAGCCAGCACGGGCAAAUCCUACUCUAAGAGCCUCAUUAAAUUGCUUCUGGGGAUUGACAUAUUACAGCCUGCGAUUAUCAAAACCUUAUUUGAAAAGUUGCCAGAAUUUCUUUUUGAAAGCGUGAACAAUGAUGGACUCAACAUGCCUCGGCUCAUCAUCAGUCAACUGAAAUGGCUUGACAGAGUUGUGGAUGGCAAGGAUCUUACCACCAAGAUCAUGCAGCUAAUCAGUAUUGCUCCAGUGUACCUUCAGCAUGACUUCAUCACCAGCCUACCUGAGAUCCUAGGGGAUUCCCAGCAUGCUGAUGUAGGGAAAGAGCUCAGUGACCUUCUAACAGAGAAUACGUCACUCACUGUCCCGAUCCUGGAUGUCCUUUCCAGCCUCCGACUUGACCCACAGCUCCUGUCUAAGGUCCGCCAGCUGGUAAUGGGUAAGCUGUCAUCAGUGAAAUUGGAAGACUUACCUGUGAUAAUCAAGUUCAUUCUUCAUUCUGUAACAACCACAGAUGCACUUGAGGUAAUUUCUGAGCUUCGGGAGAUGUUAGAUCUGCAGCACUGUAUUUUGCCUUCACGAUUGCAGGCUUCCCAAAGCCGGUUGAAAAAUAAAGGACGAACAAGUUCUUCAGGAAAUCAAGAAAACAGCGGUGAGGACUGUGUUUUUCUUCUCUUUGAUGUAAUAAAGUCAGCUGUUAGAUAUGAGAAAGCCAUUUCAGAAGCCUGGAUUAAGGCAAUUGAACGCACUGCUCCAGAGUCUGAACACAAGACUUUCGACCUGGUGAUGCUUCUCAUCAUCUAUAGCACCAACACUCAGACAAAGAAGUACAUUGAGAGGGUGCUAAGAAAUAAGAUUCGAUCAGGUUGCUUUCAAGAACAGCUACUGCAUGGUACAUUCUAUAUUCAUUACUUGGUUCUUAAGGAUGUUUUUCCGUCCAUUAUAUCACUGGCUCAGAAUUUGUUGCACUCCCUAGACCAGAGUAUAAUUUUGUUUGGCAGUCUCCUAUACAAAUAUGCAUUUAAGUUUUUUGACACUUACUGCCAGCAGGAAGUGAUUGGUGCCCUAGUUACCCAUAUCUGCAGUGGGAAUGAAGCCGAAGUUGAUACUGCAUUGGAUGUUCUCCUAGAGUUGGUAGUUCUAAACCUAUCUGCUAUGAGGCUGAAUGCUGUCUAUGUGAAGGGCAUUUUAGAUUAUCUGGAUAAAAUGUCCCCUCGGCAAAUACGAAAAUUGUUCUAUAUUCUCAGCACACUGGCAUUUAGCAAACAGAAUGAAGGGAGCAGUCACAUCCAGGAUGAUAUGCACCUUGUGGUACGGAAGCAGCUGUCUAGCACCAUAUUCAAGUACAAAGUCAUUGGUAUUAUUGGUGCUGUCACCAUGGCUGGCAUUAUGGCAUUGGACAGAAGGAGAUCUUCAAGUUUGAGUCAAGGGAAAGCAGACCUAAGCAAUGAACAGUACACACAGGUGACCUCCUUGUUGCAGUUGGUUCAUUCCUGCAGUAAGCAGUCUCCUCAGGCGUCUGUACUUUACUAUGAUGAAUUUGCCAACAUGAUUCAAGGAGCAAAGCUGGCUCCUAAAGCCCUGGAAUGGGUUGGGCAGACCAUCUUUAAUGAUUUCCAAGAUGCCUUUGUGGUGGACUUGUGUGCUGUUCCAAAAGGUGACCAUCCAUUUCCUGUGAAAGCUCUAUACGGACUAGAAGAAUACAAUAGUCAUGAUGGGAUUGCCAUCAACCUCCUGCCACUGUUGUUUUCUCAGGACUUUGCAGGAGAUGAGGGUAGCAUGACUUCACAGGAAUCAGACCACAAAUUGGUGUCGCCAUUGUGCCUGGCUCCCUACUUCCGGUUGCUGAGACUUUGUGUGGAGAGACAACAUAAUGGAAACUUGGAGGAGAUUGAUGGUUUGUUAGAUUGUCCUGUAUUGCUCACUGACCUGGAGCCUGGAGAGAGGCUGGAGUCCAUGUCUGAUAAAGAACAUUCAUUUAUGUGUUCACUCAUAUAUCUUACUCUCAACUGGUUCCGAGAGGUUGUAAAUGCCUUUUGCCGGCAAACGUCACCUGAGAUGAAGGGGAAAGUGCUCACCAGGUUAAAGCACAUUGUAGAGCUACAGAGAAUCCUGGAAAAGUACUUGGCAGUGGCCCCAGACUGUAGUCCUCCCCUUUCAACCUUUGACUUGGAAACUUUGGAUGUAACACCUCAAACCAGUACUGUUGUUUCAGCAAAAAUGAAAAAACAAGGAGCAACAGGAGGAAGGAAACAAAAAGCAGGUGGCAGCAAAACACCCUCCCAUGACAUGCUUUCAAAGGAGGAUGCUUCCGAAUGUGACCCUACACCAUCUAAUAGAGGACAUCUGGGAAAGGAGUUCAAAGGAAAAGAAGAAAAGACAGUGUCACUACAGAAUUACCAGUUCUUAUUCCGAGAGCUGGACAUGGAGGUCUUCUCUAUUCUGCAUUGUGGGCUUGUGACCAAGUUCAUCUUAGAUACUGAAAUGCACACUGAAGCCACAGAAGUUGUGCAGCUUCAGCCUCCUGAGCUACUUUUCUUGCUGGAAGAUCUCUCCCAUAAAGUAAAGAAUGUGCUGACCCCUUCUGUUGCCAGGAGAAUUCCCUUCCUCAAGAGUAAAGGAAGCCAGAAUAUUGGAUUGUCACAUCUCCAGCAGAGAUCCGGUCAAGAAAUUGCUCAUUGCAUUGUUCAACUGCUGACCCCAAUGUGUAACCAUCUGGAGAAUAUUCACAACUAUUUUCAGUGCUUAGCUGCUGAGAAUAACAGUAUAGUUGAUGGACCAGGAAUGCAAGUUCAGGAGUACCAAAUAAUGUCUUCCUGCUAUCAGAAGCUACUGCAGAUUUUUCAUGGGCUUUUUGCUUGGAGAGGAUUUUUUCAACCUCAAAAUCAGAAUUUACUAUACGCAGCCCUUGAGGUCUUUACAAAUCGACUGAAGCCAAGAGAGCCUGACCAGUCCUUGGAGGAACUGCUUAGCCAGAGUUUCCAUUACUUGCAGAAUUUCCAUCACAGCAUUCCCACUUUCCAAUCUGCAAUUUAUCUCAUCAGACUUUUGAUGGUCAUUUUGGAGAAAUCUACAGCUCCUACUCAGAACAGAGGAAAAAUUGCUUCCCUGGCCAGACAUUUCCUGUGUCGGGUGUGGCCAAGUGGGGAGAAAGAGAAGAGUAGCAUCCCUAAUGACCAGCUCCAUGUUUUGUUGAGCAUCUACCUGGAGCACACAGACAGUGUUCUGAAGGCCAUAGAGGAGAUUGCUGGUGUUGGUGUCCCAGAACUGAUCAACUCUUCUAAAGAUGCAUCUUCUUCCACAUUCCCUACACUGACCAGGCACACCUUUGUCAUUUUUUUCCGUGUGAUGAUGGCUGAACUAGAGAAGACAGUCAAAGGUCUUCAGGCUGGCACAGCAGCAGACUCUGAGCAGGUUCAUGAAGAGAAGCUCCUCUACUGGAACAUGGCUGUCCGAGACUUCAGUAUCCUUAUCAACCUGAUAAAGGUGUUUGAUAGUCGACCUGUUCUCCAUGUAUGUUUGAAGUACGGGCGUCUCUUUGUGGAAGUAUUUCUGAAGCAGUGUAUGCCGCUCCUAGACUUCAGUUUUAGAAAACACCGGGGAGAUGUUUUGAGCUUACUGGAAACCUUCCAGUUGAACACGAGGCUGCUUCAUCACCUGUGUGGACAUUCCAAGAUUCACCAGGACAUGAAACUCACCAAACAUGUGCCUUUGCUCAAAAAAUCCUUGGAGCUGUUAGUUUGCAGAGUGAAAGCCAUGCUUAUCUUCAACAAUUGCAGGGAGGCUUUCUGGCUGGGCAAUCUCAAAAACCGGGACUUACAGGGUGAAGAGAUCAUAUCCCAGAAUUCUCAGGAAAGCAUAGCAGAUGAGAGUGAGGACGACACAUCAUCUCAAGCCUCCGAGAACAAAGCAAUGGAGCGUGGUGAAGAAGAUGAAGCAAGCGAUGGAGAAAAGGAGGAAGAUAGUGAUGAGAGUGAUGAUGACUCUGACUAGAGCACAGAGAGACUGAUGCUCCCUUCUUCUCUCUGCCGGCCUCUUACCAUUUUGUGUUCGGGGUUUGAAAUCUGCUGUCUGCCUUUCUUACUGGAAGCAUCCUAUUUUGUCCUUACAGUGGUGGCUUUAUUGAAUCAACUUAAUUGUGAAUUUCAUAGAUCGUCACAUCAUCAAAGACCCUGGCUCAGAAUUCCAGUGUUGCAUUACUUACCAGUUUGGGAAAACAUGACAGUGCUCUGCUGCAGAGUAGUCAUGAUUCUGGGCUUUGGAGGCUAGUUUUGAAUUUAUUUUAGAAUUGACAUUUAUACCA